AUGAGUAAUACUUCGCAUGAUUUCAUCCCCGAUCUCACUGGGAAAGUCGCCAUCGUAACGGGUGGACACACAGGACUCAUCGAACUUGCGAAACAUGGCGCCCGGGUGUAUAUUGCCAGUCGGUCAGGCACGAAGUUCAAGGCUGCAGAGCGGGAUAUCCUUUCUGAGUGCCCAGAUGCAGAUUUGCGGUUUCUGAUGUUGGAAUUAGCCGAUUUGAAUAAUGUGCGGGAGGCAGCAAAGAUGUUUGCUCAGCAGGAGUCAUGUCUUCAUUUACUUGUGAAUAAUGCUGGCGUUAUGUGCGUUCCAUACGAGGAGACAACGGAGGGGUUUGAGAUGCAGAUAGGGAAGACAGCAGAAAUGACCGAAAAGGGAAGCGUGCGUAUUGUGAAUGUAUCUAGCGACGGGCACGCCAAACUCGCACCUAAGGAGGGCAUAAUAUUAUCAGACAUGAACAUGAAGGAUAAUUUCUCUGUCUGGGCCCGAUAUGGCCACUCGAAGCUUGCCAACGUUCUGCAUUCGAAAGCAUUGGCGAAGAGGUAUCCAAACAUUCUUACAUUGUCCUUGCAUCCGGGAACGGUAAAGACGUACGUUGCUUUUCCCUGUCCAACCAUUCGAAGCACGGAUGUGACAAUUAUUAGGAACCUAUCCGCAGGGCCGAUCUCGUCAACUCCGCUCUAUCGGCUGAUAAAGCCUCUUGUUGAGCUGGGUGCGCCUGGUCCACGGAAGGGGGCAGCGAAUAUUCUUUUCGCCGCCGUGUCGCCGAAGCUACGGCUAGAGUGCGACAAUGGAGCAUAUCUGCUGCCAAUUGGAAAGGUGUCUGCGCCUAGUAAAGUGGGAUCAGACCCGAAGAUGGCGGAGGAUCUCUGGGAGUGGACGAUGAAGGCCCUUAGAAGUCGAGGGUAUGAAUAG